AUGGCCGGGUCACCGCUAUACUCAGAAAAAGCCUCACCGAUCUGCAAAAGGUUCAGUUCAGUAGAAUGCAACACCUUCAAAAAUCUACUUAAUUUUCCAUUAUAAUAAGACUUCAGGAUCAUGGGCUGUCUUAUCAUAGUGACAAGAUACUACAACUUUUUUAAUAAACUCAUGCGCGUUUUCAUCUAUGAAUCAUUCCAAUUUACUCCUUCAACUUCAAUCAGGAUGCUUUUUGAAAAAGAAAAUGGCGAGGAGCUAAUUGCAGAGGAAAAGAAGGAAACACGUUCGGCGGGUUCCGUAAAGAUGACAUCAACAUCGUCCUCGUCUUCCUCUUCGUCCAGUACUGGCGAUGAUAAAGAAGCUGAUGGAGAGAUGGAUGUCGAUGAGGCUGAAGAUGGAGGAAAAGGAGGUGAAAAGAAUGAGGAUGUAGGCGGAGUCAAACAGGAAAAUCUCACUGGUCACGGUUUGCAGUUGGUUCCCGUCCGGCGCGAGGGAGAGCAGGAGACUGAGAAGUAUUAUCAAUACUCUACUCACCUCCACAAGUAGUCAAGUUUAUGCACUAGUAAGGGCAAAGGUUCCAAAUGGUGGUACAGCAGAGACAGAAGUGAUGACAUUAUUUAGUCUUUAACAAGAAGUUAGACGCCAUAUUUUUACUUUCAUAUUAACGGAUCCCAUCACACCAAACAGGGACGAAGAAGAUCACAAUGCCCGCACGCGACCUCCUGUUCCCACGUCCCUUCUCGGUGGAAUGCUGGGAGCAAAACUGCCAAAAGGAUGGCUCUUGAAAGCUUUAAUGCCAGUACCAUUUUUUUAUAGUCCUCUUGUUUCUUCUUAUCUAAUUAUUUUGAGGACCUCCUUGUGCAAGUUGUGUUUUUCUAUUAUAUUUAAAAACUUUUGUUGUAGUGAAAUUUCAUUGGUUGACCAUCCACAUCCUACGGAAGUAAAGCAAAUAUUAAUUAUAAAUUAUAAUCCAACACUGGCAACGUUUGUGAGGUUAUUCCUCUUUGACUCUAUGUGGAUGUGCUCCUCUAUAUUCAGACGCUGAAUGGUGCGAUCCAGUGGGAUGAACGAUUAAGCAGAGCCUGGCACGUUGCCCUUUCGAUUCAGCGAAACCUGGUCGCUGAUAUUGAAGCAGACCAGCUGACUAAGAUCGAUCACGAGUGUGCGAUGAUGAUUAAGGAGGCUCUCGGGGAUAGUUCAUCUUGUUUGACAUAUGUGAGGACCGUGCCUUCAUUCUUAAGGCAAAGAUGAUGAAGGCGUGGUCUCAGAUAUGUUGCCAUGAGGAUGAAUUCCCUUACAAAGCCCUAAUGUGGUCUGUCGUCUCAUGGGAAAAGACUUAGCUUAUGGCGCGUUUUCGUUGAUAACUAUGCUCUUUGUAUUUACUCGCGAUCUGACGAUGAUCAUGCAUUAGACCCUGGGCCCACUUGCCUGAGCGUGAAUAGAGACGCACUUCAUUACUUGAGUACUUUCUUGGUAGAAUUAUAUUGCUCUUUUAGCCUCAUUCGCGAGGCUUUGAUCAUUCUAAUCAGGUGCUAUUAAGGAGCAGUACGACACGGAUAUGAUGAAACUUAUCAUGGAGCCGGAAGCCGUCAACGUUAGAACUGCUAGAAGCCUGAAGGAGAUGGCUCUAUCGGAUCAGCUGUUACGCGUCUCUUUCUAGUGCAUAUAGCUUACACUUGUGCAGCGUUGUCCCUCACAUUAUUCAGCUUUGUCAUUUCUCAGAUCGUAGGAGUCGUCCAGGGAAGGGAACACUACGCUCUCAUUAGUCAUACCUUCACGCACGUGAAACAGAUCAAUCGCCAGCUCCGUACAUCACAAGUGCCUAGCUUCCGUGUAGAAUAGUUUACAGCUAUAUUUGUACUUUUGCCAUAUGAUACCUGUUCAUUUUGCACAUCGUUUGUGACAAACUUCGAGGAGCUUCGAGAUUUGGAGAUUUUGCCUCCUCUGGUAUCCAACAAGCUAGACGACUUUUUCCGUCAAUUGGACGCUGAUCGCCUUUUUUUAUGGGAGGACUUUGUGUAGUCUGCUUUGAUGCAAUUGAAAGUAGCAAAGGGACAUAGUACACAGCUGAGUGAAAGCUAGUGCGUGAUAGUCACCAGCCAGCCUCCUUUUCAAAAUGUAUCUCGCACAGUACGCCAGGAGAACUGAAAACAUUUUUCAGCAUCCUCGUCUUAGUUUUCUUGUUCGUCUAAUUCGCGCACAGUCGAACUUUGGUGUGGACGACGGUUAUGGCUUGUGUCUUGUAGCAAGUGCGUUGAUAAGUAAGCAUCCCUUACUAGUGACAGAAAGCACCCUAGUAGACGUGCGCUGUAGGAGAAGUCUUUGCUUUUCUUUAUAUUAUCUUAUUUGCCUUGCGCUCGGUCUCGAUACUACAGGCAACAUUCAUCAUCUCUAAUCUCUACCGGCGUACCAAUUCUAUUUGGUGUCAAACAAAAGCGAGUGCGACACAAAACUGCUCUGCGGAGCAGAUGCUAAAGACGUGCUGCUGCGAGUGGGACAGAUAAUGUCACGAGCAACUCAAUACGUACUCAAAAUUUCUAUCUAUAGCUGCAUCCUCAUCCUCAUUGAUAGCGAGUCUGUUUUCGGGCUCGAGUCGAUAUUACUUUCGUUUCGCUGUCCCAUUUAAUGUUGCUGCUUCGCUCUACCAUUCAAUGAAGAUUGCGGUCACUUCUCCAUUUAUUGACCUCGUCUUCUUUACCUCUCCUAGUCACCAUCUACCUGACACUUCUACUCAUUCCAGUUUAUGAAUUUCGAGCAGCUGAGCAAGGCUGAGUGGGAGUGUUUCAAGGCGGAAGUGGACUGGUUGAAAAAAUCGAACCAAAACGAAAGAACCUUAUGGCCGGUUGCUAUUCAUAGUUAUUGCUUUGGAGUCGAACAGCAUCUAACUGACAGGGCCUCUGGUCCUGUUGGGCUUAGGAAAUUAGGAGUGCAAGAUGUUGAUUGAAAGGAAAAUCAUAGUACUACAUAUAUACAUACAGAGCUGCACUUUCUCGUGGUCUAAUAAUCCUGAAUCGACAGACAACAAACAUAAAGAAGCAGUGGCUGAAUAAGGUCGGCGCAACGGCUGGCGCAAUUUUGGCUUUUUUGGGCGGCCUGAGGUCGACGCAAGACAGUGCUGCGGGGCGUAGAAAUGUCAUGAAUACGGUAUUGAUCUAGCGACAAAGUGUGACGGGUCUGGUAAUGAUUGAUCUAAAAAAAGAAUUUUUGCCCAGUAUCUUCCUCUCGGUACAAGGACAAUGAACUCCGUCAAUAAUCUAGUAGACGCGCCUCGUAGUACCAUUCUCCUUUACCUCAUCAUGCUCAGGUGAGCGUUAACAAAUGCGCCGGCGUUUUGCCUGAAAUCAGGGAGAUGGCAUCUUAUGUUGAAGAUAUUACUCAUGAUUACGAUAGAAGCGUGGUUGAUGUUAGAAGUGGCUACUGGUGAACUUCAAUGCACCAGUAGCCACUUCUAACAUCAAACUUUUCAAGAAAAAGCUUGUAGAAGUUGGCUCUUAAAGAGACAUGAUCGACGCCCCGUGCUUCAGCUCUCCUCUACGCAUUUUGAAAACUCUAAAUUUCCAUGGAGAAAGCUUUGAAAUCUGACGCGACCUUGCAGCGUGAAGUGUUGGGAAAUUAUGGCUGAAUAUUUUUUCUUCAUUGAUUUCUUCAGCACGUUUUAGCUUAAAGAAAGUUGACAACAGCCCUCGAGAACAGUCUGCACUAGCGUUUUCAUCUACGUACAGGGCGCCUUCGUAUAAUCACUCUAGUACUCCAGAAUGCCUACUCUUCGAUAAAGCAUCCUUUAUCACAUGUUGAUAACAGAGCUGCCAUUCAUCUUCUAACUCCUGCUGAAUACGCUGGCCGCCCAGUGCUGGCGCAGCGCCAUCUUAAGGCAAAACUGUGCUUCUCUAGUUUAUAUCUUCCUCACUCGGCAGUCGUCUUUGAGCACUUAGACUGGCCCAGAAGGGCUGAGGAGUGAGAUAGAAUUGCUCUAAUUUGAGUGCCGUACUUCAUCGAGGUUUUGCGGAACAUGAAUUCGCGCCCCGACGACACGGUGAUCACGGGGCAUCGAUUUGCAGGGUUUUCCAUCAUGGACGAAAAAAAUCUAUGGUUGAUGUCAUAAGUCAGGAUCAUUUUAGCACUACAGUCAUCCUGAUUAUAUUUGGCCUGUAACCAGAUGCGCGCUAGGGCAUAGGCUGACUCGGGGUAGAUUGUUUUAGAUUGUUGUACUACUUUAGACAACGUCAUGAUAUUAAUCCUGGAUCAUCUUCCCCAAAUUGCUCAUAGCGAAUAUGUAGUGCUAAUGUGUUUCUAAUAAUCGGCAUGCGGCCUAUCACUGCGGCAGUCAACGACUGCUGGGGAAUGGAUGUAAACGACCUGGACCUGGAUGAGGAGUGUUUCAUUAAGGCUGGAUAACUAAACACGGAGUUGCUUUCCUUCCUCCUUUCUGAGGAGUAAAGUAAGAAAAGGCAUAUUGAUAUUGAAGGGAAAAAUGCUAAAGGUGGAACAUGAACAUCAAAAGUUUACCUCUAACACCCGCGACGUUGAUGCUAACGAGGUGGAGGGAGCGAAUGAAGAUGAUCCCGACGUCUUGCAGGACUUGGAGGAGGAGUUCAACCAGAAUGUCGAUGACAUCCAGGUCUAAAAUGAAGAAGACCAAGACUGGUAUUUUCGUUUUUAUUUCCAUCUGUUAGCUCGAGCACGAUGAUUUCAAGACCAUGCACUAUUACUACAGCGAGUGCAGUCUCUCACGAAGAGCAGAAACGGUCUAUUUUUAAAGUACGGGGUCUAUUUUUAAAACAUAACAGCUUCGUCUUCGGGACAAGCUCUCGGCGUAGAUGUGUAGUUGUCCAUUUCUGUUCCAGUGAGUCUCUUGUUCUUCGUGUAUAUGAAUAAUUGUUCAAGAACAGCCACAUCAAUGAAAAAAAGUUCUUCUUAUAUGAGCUUCACUGCUAUCAUCAAUGUGUCCGAAGAAAGCAAUCACUCGCCUCAUGUUGAUUCAAAUAUAUUGCAAUGCUUCUAGUUCUUAAUCAUGCUAUAACUGAAGAUAUUGAUUCUCAAGUGAAGUAAGGAGAUAGAAAGUCUCCUGUUGGUGAUAACGAUUACCUAGACCCUACCCACUGCGUCCGUAAACAAUUGAAAAGAAGGACCUGCAGCCUUUUCGGCUUUUGCUGCAUUUGCGUUAGGAAUGUUCUUCUGAAUAAUAUAAUCAUGUUGUUGAUGCUAUCUUUUCGUAGUUACCUCUCGGAUGUUUUCUCAUGUUCGUCUUGUUUGUUGUGCAGAGGCAGAGCGUGAACUAGUUACUACAUUGAUUUAUCUCAGAAAAUUCCAUAACCGAUUAUGUUCUUCGUGCCACAGAUUUCACUUGUCUAGUGCUUGGACUAAAGGAAGAGUACUAUUAAAUAAUGAAAAUAUUGUUGCUGUGUCUCGUAUCCGUAUGGACUCAAUGCUUCGUGACGUCAUAAGAAGACGACUAUGGUCUUUGAGGAUGCUUUUCGUUGUACAAAACUAAUCACAAGAUGACUUAUGACAAGAGACAACACCAGGACAGCUUCUGACUGACUGCAUGUCAAAUUUUCAUGGAUAAUAACUUAGUUGGUCGUCUAGAUGUUCAUAUCAGGCUUACGGCUUACUUUGCUUUGCAAGGACUAACGCGAUUGAUUUUGAUACAAAAUACCAACGUCACACCUUCUCAGAUAAGUGCGUGCAUCAUGCUGGAGCGGAAUAGAAAAAGCGAAAGCAAAGUGUUUGGACUAUUAUUUCGAGACUGACGACACGCAUCAAGGUUUUAUUGAGGGAGGCGCAAUCUGAUGAAUGAGAAAGAGUAUGACCCAGCUGAGACGCCAUAAGAGGCUACAUCUUGAUAAUAAUUGAUGAAAUGAAGAGGAACUAACAAAAUUUUAUGAGUACGUAGAGCGUUCACAGUAAAACCAUCUGUAUAGUUGAGAAUUCUUAUUGUCUGUGUAGUAGGAUUUCUUGAGAUUGUUCUUCCUUUUCGUUCUCUGCUGAGUGGUGCAAAUUAUAGGCCAUGAUCUGAACUUUGACACGAAAACAGUCUGUUGUUCUUUUGAAGCAACGAGAACGAGUUAUGACUUAAUCGCUAUCGUCGAUGUAUCGUUCAACUGAUCUCUUCGAGUUAAGGCCUAAAUUGAAUGCUCCGACCCGAUCCAUUUUCUUACGCUCAUGAAAAUCAACCAAUGACGAAAAUUUUAUUUAACUGAAUUUGCCGUAAUUUGAUUUGUUGCAGGCCUCUUCUUCCGUCCUCCUAUGUUGUGCUGCUCCCGCUCCUCAUAGUUCACAGAAUCGGAUCUACGUGCUUCAUCUUCGAGCUUGAUGCUCAGUCAUGUUUUCAAAAAUCUUGUUGUUCUUCAUCUUCUGCAUUAUUUGGAAUCGGAAAUACUUUUCUUGAUAAAAAGCGUAGUCUUCAGCCUAUGGCAUUAUAUGAGACCACGUCAGGAACGAAAGAAUGCUAAUCAAAAUCAAAGCUCAAAUCUCAUGCGUUGUUCUCUGUUCUAGUAUAACUUGGAACAAUAUUGGCCCCAUUAAUGACCCCACAUCAAAGCGCUACGCUUGUUCCAAUGGCUUGCGACACCAAUGGCAUCGACUUGUGAAGAAAAUGGUGGAUAGUAUGACUUUGAAAACAAAAGCAGAAGUUGCUCCUUUUGUACGCCUCUCAGAUGUUAGAGAAGCAGCAGCCUUUUGAUUAUCAACUUCUCAUGCGCGGUUCUUGUCUUCGCUCGUGUUUUUGCUCACAGAAAACCUUUCGCUCCUCACUUGAUCACUGUAGUGAUCAUGCUUCUAGGUGUCAAAGACGACACCAACAAGAAGGUUGUCUGGCUUUCUCUCAAAUGAAAAAACUGAUUUUCUAGUAGUCACUACGUAAGCCAGACAACUGCUCUCACUGACGACGAGUAACUAAUUUGAACGCCCUGAAUUCGUGGGCAGAAAUAUAUGGAUUUGGUUAAGUCCAUGGUACUGUUCAAUCGUGAAGCGCGAGUGAAUGACGAGUGUCGAAAUUUGCUCUGGUAGUGCUUUUCUUUCGAUCGCUUUUUUUGAUCGCUCGAAAAAAUACUUUUUUCAAUUCCAAAACUAUACAGUUGAAAAUACUAACUUAGGGGUCUCUAAAAACUUCAUUUUUCAGAGUAACCUUAUCCAUUGUCAACCAUCGCUCGCCAUUGUCAGACCCUGUUGUGGAUCAAUGCUGAUUCUGCUAAAGAGUUGGGUGCCACGAGAGGGGAAAGGCGGCAACACAGAACACGUACCGUCGCUCAUUAACAGAGAAGUUUUACUCCGUCGAUUAUCAUAUCGAGGGUCGUCUAUCUCGAUUCUCACAGCUGAGGUAGUAAAGUCAACUCUCAGCGGCUCUCAUCCU